CAGCACAAGUCCAUCCUCCCCAUCAGCAGUCUGGUCAACAACAUUUCUCCUCAAGACUCACCAGCAAACUUCACAGACUGCAUUUUAAAACACCGACAUGGAUGCCCUCAAGUCGGCCGGGAGAGCUAUUAUCCGGAGCCCAAGUAUGGCGAAACAGUCCUGGAUUGCCGGCAGACACAAAAAGCUUCCGGAGAACUGGACUGACACACGGGAGACCAUCUUAGAGGGCAUGACCUUUAACCUCCGUCACCUCGGCAUGACACUAGUGGACCAGCCCAAAGGAGAGGACUUGUCAGCCGCCGCAGUAAAGAGGAUCGUUGCCACGGCUAAAGCCAGUGGGAAGAAGCCUCAGAAGGUUGCUCUCAAGGUUUCCCCUCAGGGAAUCGUCCUACAUGACAGCUUGACCAAUAAACUCCUGGAAAAUGUCUCCAUAUACAGAAUAUCCUACUGCACAGUGGACAAACUGCAUGAAAAAGUGUUUGCUUAUAUCGCUCAGAACACCCUCAAUGGCACCCUGGAGUGCCAUGCCUAUCUCUGCUCCAAGAGGAAAGUGGCUCAGGCAGUGGCUUUGACAGUAGCCCAGGCCUUCACAGUAGCUUUUGAACUCUGGCAAGUGGCCAAAGAAGAAAAAGGGAAAAGAGCGAAGUCGGGUUCAGCUGGAGAGGCCAGCAGUAGUUCCCAUUCAGAGAGAUCUAACAGCUUGGGGAGCCUGAAAGGGACAGCAGAUGUCGCCACAGACAACCUAUUGGACUUUGAGGACAAUGUGAACAAGGUGGUGGAGACCAACGGGAAUGUAGCGGACGAUCAUCUGGUUGACCACAGGCCCUCUGAGACCAAUAACAACCCUGCCUGGGAACUAGAAGAUGGUUUGGAUGAAGCCUUCUCCAGCGGUGCUCUGGAUAGCUAUGGUUCAUUUCCAGGUAAAGUUGAGCACCACUGUCAGCUGUUACAAGCCUUACUUUAGUGUAUUAGUCCUAAUUACUAACCAAACCCUAAUCCAUUCCAUUAAAUCGCCGCCAAACCCAAUACCACUGUUCACUGGUCAGUACUGUUAGUCAGUAGAAACGUGAAAUAGCUUCCUGUGUCUGUUUUUUAUUUCCUUCCAGAUGGAAUAUUUGUUGAAUAUGGAAAUAUUGUGCCUUCUCUACACACCGAGGGCUUUACUGUGCAGUUAUUCUCUUUGUGGCCUCUGCUGUAAAAGGGGAGCUGUGGGUCACUUGACAUAGCGACAGAUCAAACGGUUUAUUCCAUGGCUCUAGUGAACUGAAUAUCUUGAAGUAAUCCUGUUCACUUCCACCCAGACUUUGUAUAUUAUAGUAUCCCAGGAAUAAAAGGCAGUUUGUAGCCAAAAUGAGGGAUCUUAAUUAGAAGACGUUUAGCCUUCCGUUAUAGAAACGGGGUCUGGGAGGCUGAGCUGUUUGACCCAAACUUUAAAGGGAGGAGCUACGUAUCAUCAGCUAUACUGGCUAAGUGAUAUUAGGCCUGAAGUCCAGUGAAAAAGAAGAGAGGAAAGAUUUAGCUCUUGCUCAGUGUAUUACAAUUUCAUCUUGCACCAUUUAGGCUAGUGUUAAGUCUUAUGUAAUGACUUUAUUCAUUCUGCUGUCUUAAAGGAUAAAGCUGGUGAUGGUCUAUUUUUAUUUUCAACUUCCGCAAAAAGAUUAAAACCUUCAAUGACUGUAUCCUAUUUAGAUACAUCGUCUGUAUCUAAAGUUUGGUUUUAUUCCUCUGUGCCAUCGAGCUCCAUUGUUGUCCAAAAACGUCAUUUAGUUGCACUGAUAUCUUCCUUCAUUGCUACGAACAGCUAGUAGUUAAUUUUGAGUUAGUCCCACGCACAUCAUCAUGGUGCUGUAAAGGUAGCCUACCUUACAGUCACUGGUUCAGACCUCUUACUGAAUGUGUAUUCCUGUCUAGAAACUUUGUGUUCAGCGAAUCCUUUGCACUGCCCUACACAUUGGACUUUUUUUAAAAAGUAUGUGUAUGCGACAUAUAAACCUUUUUGAAUCCUAAAUAGUCAAGUGUAGCUAAAAUGCACUAUUCACUCUUGUUUAGUAACAUUUUUCUCAAACUACAAGGCAGUGUGUGUAUAUAUGAGCUGAUUUUAAAGAUUGGCAUCUUUAGCAGGAGCCAAUGGACUUUGUGGGAGGGUGCCACAGAUGGGCUUUCAAAGUGGUUAGCUACUGAGAGAUGGAUGAAUAACACCAGCUUUAUCCUCUUCUUAUUUUUUUUUUUUU